AUGACAAUCCCAACCGACUCCUCCGACACCCUCAUAACCCCAACAUCAACCAGCCUCUCCCAAUUAGCUCCUGACAAAGCCAGGGCAAUGGAACUAGACUCCCUCUCACAAUCCGAAUCCCCACCACCCGUUGUCCCAAAACUGAUCCGCGAAGCCAGUGACAUCACCUGGCAAGAAUCCCUCGAAGCAAGCCGCUACCAGGUAAACCUAGUCCGACGAAGAGGCCGCUUCCGUCUACUACACCAGUCCCAAUUCAGAAACAGCCUACUGGCAAGCGUGGGAUACCUCGAGCUAGCAAAUGCAGGCGACUUCGCCGCAAAUGUCUGGAAUGACAUCCCCGUGCCGAAAUUCGCUGCCGUGCUUAUGGGUAUUGGAGGUACACUUGCUCUAGGCAUGAUGUUCGUUGCCAUCCAAGAUUAUCGUCUCAGUUGGCGGAAUGUUAAACUCCUCCGGGCGGAGCGGGCUCAUUUGCAGCGGAUGCGCCAGUAUCAUGAUAAAAAUGCCGAGCUGGCUCAAUUGAUCGAUUGCCGGAUUAGUGUUGGGUUUCGUGAGCUUGGGACCGAGAUUGUCGAUCGCAUUGUUAUGGAUGUGCUUAUGGGUUUUGGGGCUGUGCUUGUUGGGGUUGGCACCCUUAUGGCUAUUGGCGGUGCGAAUCCUCGUGUGUACAAGGCCAGUAACCUCCUCUCUGGCUAUAUUGGAAAUGGGCUUGCUGCAUUAUUCGGUCUUUUCAAUGCUAUCUGGUCUGGCUGUUUGAUUCAUCGUUUCCGUAUGCAUGAUGCUGCUGUCUAUGCUCGCGAGCCAAGUGGUGAUAUUCGUCGUCGUCUACAUACCCGUUUCCGUCGCUUCCAGUGGCAUGCUACUAUCAACGGACUGAAUGGUCUUGUUGCUGGCGCUGCUUCUAUGGUCACUGCCGAGCGUUGGUGGGGAUACAUCGUUCUGAUCCCAUGUAUCAUCUCCCUUAUCUUGUGCAACUACUUUUGGCGCAAAAAGCUUGGAUACGACCGUCCCAUCUUGGGAUAUUCCUCCCCAGCAAAUAUACAGCUUACUCCCUUGAUCGAAGACCUGGAAUACGUGGUCCUCAUGCAAAAAGGUCUCGCGGAACCCGAAACAUCCCUCCCCCAAGCAAUCGUCCAGCUCAACUCCUUGGACUCCAUCCUAAAGUUUAUCGCCCGCGAACGCAUGCUGGACUCAUACUGUGACUCUCUGUCCCACGACAAAAAGACUCGCCACCUCCUGGCUGAGGUUCCCGUCCUCUCUGAAUCACCAGACCAAAUCAUCAUUUCCCUCGAUACCCUCUACACCCUCUCAACAUCUCAUCACGAACUCCUCCUCACAUACGCAAAACAUUUUUUGCAGACUACCGGCGUCCGCAUGUUCACAUAUCGUGAACGCCAUCUCCUUGAAUUACUUGGCUUCGCCGUUUGGCAAGAUCAGAUGAAGGCUACGACUGCAAAGCCUCAAGCUGAUAUGAUAGACCAUGUCUAA